AUGAUGAAUAAUUACCUGUAUGAGACUAACAAUCAAGAAUGCAGCAGUGGGUGUGAAUCCGGCUGGACUGUCUACCUGGAGCAUUCCUCCAUCUCUGCAUAUGAUGAUCAAGAAAAGGGCAAUAAAAAUGGAGGAAUGUCCACAGAGGAAAAGAGAUUGAAGAAACACUUACAGGAGGAGGAAGAAGAAGAGGAGGAUGAGGAUUUGUCCAUGGUUUCUGAUGCAUCAUCAGGGCCUCCACAUUUGCAUGAGGAAGAAGGCUAUGGUGGGAAUGAUACCAAUGCCUGCUCUUACCACCAAUUCCCAAUUGAUGAACCUUUCUCUGGAAAUGCCUUUAUCAAGAAGAAGAAGAAGAAGACGGAACAUUAUCGGCGCAGGGAGGUUCAGGAUCACUCCUUCCUGCUUGAUGACACUGCCAGCUCUCCCUUCCUAGGCUUCUCCAAUAAGACAAUAAGCCAGGCUUCAGCAGUGAAGAAUGUAUUGGAAAUGGAAUACUCACAGGGCUAUUCUACUACUCAGUUUGAAAUGAGGCAGCCAUAUCAGGAGCACCACUAUGAUUUCUUCCACUCUACACCUUCUGGAAAACAAAUGCAGCAAAACCAGUGGUUAGAAGGCAAGGGGUGGUGAUAUCUGGAAGAAGAAACGGAGGGGUGCAUUUCCUAAAGGGAAGGAAAUUAAUUGAAUCGCAAAAGAGCUUGUGUUUCCCUUUCUUGUUUUGUUCACUCUUCUUUUGUAGCUGCUAGUGCAGUGGGAAACAGCUAGAAGAGAGGGGAAAAAGCAAAAAAGAAAAAAAAAAGAAGAAGAAGAAGAGAGGAAAAAAAAAAAAAACUCUAGAUUGUUUUUGUUUUGAUGAAGAUUAAGAUUUAUUGUCUACAAUAAUAAUGGCAACAACUGAGCUAUAUAUUUGUUUUUCUUGAGAUUAUUAAAUCCUAAGGAGGCCCUCAUGCUCCCUUUUGGUUCAGCAUGGACAAUCUCCAGGAUUUGUC